AUGCCUUCUCUCUUCACCCCAAGCAAGACUUUCUCAUUGCCUACGCUUCUGCUUCUUCUCCAGCUAUUCACAAUAAACCUUCGCAGUGCAGCAGAUGCUCAAAUUGGCGUGUGUUAUGGCACAAUGGGUGACAAUUUACCCUCGGCAAGUGAAGUUGUAAGUCUUUACAUAUCAAACAAUAUAAACAGAAUGAGAAUCUAUCAUCCUAAUCAAGAUGCUCUAAAUGCACUUAGAAGUUCAAGCAUUGAGCUCAUUCUUGGGGUGGCCAACCCCGACCUUCAAGGUCUUGCUACCAGCGCUGACAAUGCUAUUCAAUGGGUGCAAACUAACGUGUUGAACUAUUGGCCUAGUGUCAAAAUCAAGUACAUAGCAGUUGGCAACGAAGUGAGUCCCGUUGGAGGGUCCUCUCAGUACACCCAAUAUGUUCUACCUGCAAUCCAAAACAUAUACCAAGCUAUAAGGGCUCAAAGCCUUCGUGAUCAAAUUAAGUAUGGGAUGGUCAAUACGGAUACCAGAAUUUGUUUGAUGCAAUGUUGGAUUCGGUUCAUGCUGCAAUUGGUUAUGUGGAGGUUUGUUGUAUCCGAGAGUGGAUGGCCAUCGGAUGGAGGCUUUGCUGCCACUUACGACAACGCAGACACCUACUUAGAUAAUUUGAUCCUUCGUGCUAAAUCAGGUAGCCCUAGAAGGCCUUCAAAAUCCACAGAGAUCUAUAUAUUUGCCAUGUUCGAUGAGAAUCAAAAGAGUCCUGAGAUAGAGAAACAUUUUGGGCUCUUCUUUCCUAACAAACAAGAGAAGUAUCCAUUUGGAUUCAGUUGA